UGGAAAUGUCAGUACUCAGCCUGCUGUCUGACAAAACAGUCUUUUCGUUUAUGUAGAUUCACCCUAGUGUAGCUUUGAGACGUUUACCCUUCAUUUACACGAAAACAGGCAGUGUGAGUGUAUGUUGGAUAAUUAAUUACACAGGUUAAUGGAGAACCAGACGUGUUUAUUAUAAAAGGAGACGAUCAUCUCCUGCAGGCAGCCUAGCGGUCCAGCUGAACUGGCUGAGCACGUCGUUUUGAGGACACCUCUAACCUUCUCACCAUGGGACCUCUGUGCAUGACGAGGGACUUCUGUUUGUUUUUGCUCUUGUUAAACACUCGCCAAAGUGCCGCGCUCCCCCACGCUCCCGAUGCAGACCAGUGCGCAGCGGGAGGUGAUACCUGUCACAUCGACGCCUUUUGUCAAAACACUCAGACGUCUUACAAGUGCACGUGCAAAUCUGGAUUUAAAGGCGACGGUAAACAGUGUGAAGACAUUGAUGAAUGUGACGCGGAACACAAUGGGGGUUGUGUACACGAGUGUAACAACAUACCCGGCAACUAUCGCUGCACAUGCUAUGAUGGCUUCCGUUUAGCACGCGAUGGACACAACUGUCUCGAUGUGAAUGAAUGUUUCUUCAACAAUGGUGGCUGUCAGCACGUGUGUGUCAACACCAUGGGUAGCUACCAGUGCCUGUGCAAGGAGGGCUUCUUCCUCAGUGACAACCAGCACACGUGCAUCCAUCGCUCCGUGGAAGGCCUGAGCUGCAUGAACAAGGAGCACGGCUGCUCCCACAUCUGCAGGGAGACGCCAAAAGGGGGCGUGUCUUGUGAGUGCCGGCCAGGGUUCGAGCUGGCCACGGACCAGCAUGGCUGCAUCUUGACCUGUAACCACGGCAAUGGGGGCUGCCAACACAUCUGUGAGGAUACGGAGCAUGGGCCAGCAUGCGGGUGUCGUGGCAGGUACACUCUGCAGGCUGACGGUCACUCCUGCAUAGAAAGAGAUGAAGCGAGCAACACCACCUCUGACCCGAAUGCCACGGCUCUCGCUGAGGUGGACAAACGUGUUAAGCGCCGUCUGAUCAUGGAGACAUGCGCCGUGAACAAUGGAGGCUGUGACAGCACCUGUAAAGACACAACCACAGGUGUGCGCUGCAGCUGCCCGGUGGGCUUCUCCCUCCAGCCAGAUGGCAAGACCUGCGAAGACAUCGACGAGUGCGAGUUGCACAACGGAGGUUGUGAGCAGUUCUGCAGGAACACGGUGGGCAGCUUUGAAUGUAGCUGCCACAAGGGCUUCAAGCUGCUGACGGACGAACGCUCGUGCCAGGAUGUUGACGAGUGCUACUUUGAGAGCACUUGUGACCAUACCUGUGUGAACUGGCCAGGGAGGUUUGAGUGCAGAUGUAACAGGGGCUUCUCUCUCUACGGCCUUGCGCACUGUGGAGACGUUAACGAGUGCAGUGUGAAUAACGGAGGAUGUGGGCACACCUGUGAGAAUAUCGUGGGAGGUUUCCUGUGCCACUGCCCCGCUGCCACCAGGCUGCACUGGAACAAGAAGGACUGUGUUGAAGCAGGCAGGUCUCCAAGCGUGGCACCUCCCACCAGAGCCACGCUCAGCUGCAGCAGACACGGGGGGGUGGAGCGUUGUCACCUCACCUGUCCGUCACAGGUGAGCGUGAGCAGUGGGACUGAGGACUCGUACACGGUGACCUGUGGAACGCCCCCGCGGGGUCUGGCCUCGGGCCAGUGGAAUGACAGCGGGUCUCACUGUCUCGACACAGACACAACCUGCGUGCACAGGAUCAAAGCCGCCGCCACGUUUAGAUCUGGCCAGCGGAAGUGCAGCGCGACUCCCAGUCUGGAGAAGCUGACGGGUAGCGUGAGCUCAGUGCUGGCAGGCAGCAGGGAGGUGGAGAACGUCCAAUUCAGCUUCGUCAGGCUGCGGUGCGUCUCUUCAGGCCACCGAGCUCGCAGUCGUCACGGGCGCAAGGCGGAUGAAGAGGAUGGCUCCUCUAUCACGGCCCAGUUUCAGCUGGACCUGAACCCGGAGGAGGUGACAGAUAGCUGUGACCUGGCAUGUGUGAGACGCCGCUCUGAGAAGCGCCUAAGGAAGACCCUCCGGACUCUUCGCAAGUCUAUCAAUAGGGAGCAGUUCCACUUUCACUUUGGCGGGUCAGAGAAACUGGCUAGGCCCGGGCAGCCUGCAGGCCAGUGUGGUGUGGGCCAAGUGCUCAUCGACAAGAAGUGUGUGAGCUGCACCGUCGGGAUGUACCACGACACGGAGCAAGGGAGGUGUGUCCCAUGUCCUGCCGGAACUUACCAAGAUGAGGAAGGGCAAGCGUCGUGUGUGGCGUGUCCCGGCCUGAAGGGCAGGACUGUCCCGAGGCCUGCGGGGGCGCGGAGUCUGGCUGAGUGUGGAGGGCAGUGUUCUCCUGGGCACUUCUCUCAUGAUGGCUUUGUGCCGUGUCGACCGUGCCACCGAGGCAGCUACCAGCCUGAAAGGGGACGCACCUCCUGCUUCCCCUGUGGGGGAUCUCUCGUAACCAAGCACGAAGGGGCAGCAUCUUUCCAGGCCUGUGAAACUAAAGUGCAGUGCUCUCCGGGGCACUACUACAACACCAGCACCCACCGCUGCAUUCGCUGCCCCAUGGGAACCUACCAACUGGAGUUUGGACAGAACUACUGUGUGUCCUGCCCUGGAAACACCACCACUGACUUCGAUGGUUCAACCAACAUCACGCAGUGCAAAAACAGGCGCUGUGGAGGGGAGCUUGGUGAAUACACUGGGCACAUCGAGUCGCCAAAUUACCCAGGCGACUACCCGGCCAACGUGGAGUGCACCUGGACCAUCAACCCGCCCCCCAAGCGCAGGAUCCUCAUCGUGGUUCCGGAGGUCUUCCUCCCUGUGGAAGAUGACUGUGGGGACUACUUGGUCAUGCGGAAGAGCCCUCUGCCAAAUUCGGUGACGACGUACGAGACAUGUCAGACGUAUGAGAGGCCUAUCGCCUUCACCUCGCGAUCUAAGAAACUGUGGAUUCAGUUCCGGUCCAACGAGGGCAACAGCAGGAAAGGGUUCCGCGUGCCUUACGUAACAUACGAUGAGGACUAUCAGGAGCUUAUUGAGGACAUAGUGAGGGAUGGGAGACUAUACGCCUCAGAAAACCACCAAGAAAUUCUGAAGGACAAGAGACUGAUGAAGUGUCUCUUUGAUGUGCUCGCUCAUCCACAAAAUUUCUUCAACUACACUGCAGAGGAGUCCAGAGAAAUGUUUCCAAAAUCGUUUAUUCGAUUCCUUCGCUCAAAAGUGCUGCGAUUUUUGCGUCCUUAAAAUAUUACAGGAAUAUUUGGCAGUCCCUACAGCAACUGUAUAAAGAACCCAAAAGAAAUUCCCCAAUUGUCUUGGCUGUGUGAAGACUUGUGUCUACGUGGAUCAGAAGGGAGAGUGCGCCUCCAUUUCAAAAGGAAAUGAACUUCACUUUUAGUGAGUGAAUGGCUAUCUGCCACUUUUGUCCUAAAGGAUUGUGGGUCCCUGUGCUCAGUGUGACGUUACCCACUUGUUCCUCCUUCCAGUGCUGUACCUGGCCACAGCCUGCCAUGAGGAAUAUCACCUCGUCUGUCCAACAACGUCCUGUCCUUAGGACAGUUUUGGAGAAGAUCUAAAACCUGCUUUGGAUGUUUCUUUUAGCUGUAACUUUUACUUUUUUUUUUUUUUAAUUGUAAAAUGGUUUUUAACCCUUCUCAUAUGUGAUCAUUUUAGACAUUCCCUGUUCUUGGUCAUGCUUUAAGAAAUAAAAUUGUUUUUACUAUGGAAAUAUGCUUUUUGAGAA